AAUGCAAAGACACGGCGAGUUCCGGUUCACUAUAUAAACCACUCGCCAACCACGUCAAAACAAUCCUUCGUUUCUUCGGUUUAGCCCAUCGUGUGCAUCACCCAAAGUCCAUGGCUUCUCCCAAAGAAGGCAUCUUUGUGGCGCUCCAGCCACUACCUCCUCCACCGCCGCUGCGGCCUAAAAUGGGCAACGUCGCCGAGCCGGCGGCGGGUGGUGGCGUCCUCAAGUGCGCGUGUUUUCGACUGCCAAGCCGUUCCAAGAAGAAGCCGGUGCACCCGCCCGCGACGACGAAGCUCAGCAGUGCGAGCCGCAGGGGCGUGGCCGACGUGCCCGACGCGCUGCCGGCGUCCCACUCCCAGCGCGUCACCUUCCUGGCGUCGGCGUCUCUCUCCACUUGGUGGCCGUCGUCGCCGUCCGCUGCCGCCGCGGGCCCCGUUCCCGCUUCUGGAGGUGGGAACGUCGCGCCGAGGAGGGCGUCGACGUCGUCGUCGGCGCCGCGGAACGCCGGCGUCCCGAGAGCGUCGUCCUCGUCCUUCUCGUACUGGCGCCGAUCGCUGUCGUCCCGGGUCAUGCCGCAAGGCGCGCGCGCGUCCUUCUCCUUCCCCACGUCGCCGGCGUCCGCGUCGUCCAGCUGCAUGAGCACGCCCAAGAUACCGCACGGGUGCCACCGGCAGUAGCUGGUGCUCGAUCGCCGCCUCAUGAAAAUCUGGAUGUUGCGUGUACUUGUGUUUGGUUAGUCUCAAAUGUCGAUGUGCGUCGUGCGUGACAGCGUGAGUUUUUUUCUUCCUUAAUAUCGUCAUCAACCUAUUAUCUUUAAAACUAGGUUCUUUCUUGCUGUCGUU